CUUGUGCGGCCUGCAAUCUGAAAACUACCCACAGCAAUGUCUUUAAACACAGUUCGCAGUAUCUCGUCCACUACCAAGCGGAGUAUUCUCAAUCUCCUAGGCAGAGUGACUGAGGAAGAUGUCCGCAAGACCAACGGGUCUUCCGGAAGUCAAUGGGUUUCCUCUUUACAGAAACUGAAAGACGAUGUGGAGUCUCAGUACGACUCAGUAACCGGAUACGAGAUACAAGGUGCUAAAGCUCACAAAUCUUCGAAAGACCCAGCAGAUCCUGAAGAUGUCAUCACAAUUGGCUUUUAUAGUCAAAAUGGCACACGGCUACUCAGUGGCCAUGUUCAUGAGAAUGGAACCUACAAACUUGCUGAGAGUCGUGCGGGCAAGGGCAAGGGAAAAGGGCAGGGAUCGAAGUAAAGGAUUUCCACGAUGGCGGCGGAGGAAAGACACCGGGAGAUACUGUGUUUUG